CCUCCAUGACGAUUGGGCGCACUCUGGAGGGACAGGGCUACGUUGGGGUCCGCAGCCGCUGCCUGCGCGCGGGAAGAGAGAGGCCCGUCCGGCUCCGUACAUCUUGCUAUGAGUAAGCGAAAUAUAAAAAAGAAUCGGUUCCUAGAAGUCAGAUUUGUGGCAGAUGAAGAUGUUCUGCAUCACAUUUCCGAGAAUACUGGUCCUAAGAUUCAGAAGAAUAAAGUUCCACCUGUGCUUGAUGUAAAAAGAUGGGUGAAGGAAACAGAAGGCAACUCCACAGAGGAUUCCGAGGAUAUUUUUGAGCAGCAGGACUAUGUGUCUGUUCUAGGAACAGGCAUCACAGGGUCUUUGAAAAAUGGUUCUGGUGCAGGUGGGAGCGAUGUCUUCCUGUUCCAAACUUCAAAGCGUUCCAAAAAGUUGGCAGAGAUGGCCUCUGAGCUAGCUCACAGAUCUGGCAAGAAUGUGACAUAUGACAUACCCAAGGAAGCUGAGAAGAGAGACAGUUCUCCUAAGAGCACCAAGAAACCCUCAGCACCAAGCAAAGGCCAGGUAGAGAUUAAAAAGAACGAGCCUGUGUCAAAAAAAGUUUAUGGACUCAGGAAAAGAAUCAUAGCCCUAAACAGGUGCUCUGAGAGUGAAAGUGAUUCUUCCACUUCAGACUCUGACAAGGAUAGUGAUGACAGUUGCAAAGAAAUAGUUGAUGAAGCCGAUCAGCAGCCAACACCAACCACAUCCCAAACUGCAGUGACUUUGGCUAGUAGUAAGCCACCCGUAAAGAAGCCGAAGAAAGACAUUUCUCGCAAUUUGGUGGAGGAGUAUUUUGAGGCACAUAGCAGCUCAAAAGUCAUCACCUCUGACCGAACACUUCAGAAGCUGAAGAAAGGAAAACUGGAUCAGGAAACCCUGCAGAACAUCUUGAAUAAAGUACCAAUUGCUUUUGCUGCUCAACGUGAAGAGUUAAACAAGCAACACGAGUCCCUCUUUUACAAAUGGAUGUUACAGUUGCACUUGGGGUUCAAUAUUGUGCUUUAUGGGCUAGGUUCAAAGAAAAACCUUUUGGAGAAUUUCCGUGCAUCUUUUCUUCAGGAUUCGGUUCAUCUUGUUGUGAACGGGUUCUUCCCCAGCAUCACUGUGAAAUCGAUUCUGAAUUCCAUUACGGAGGAGGUGCUGGAUCACGUUGGCACUUUUCGCAGCCCGCAGGAUCAGUUGGACUUCGUUGUGAGAAGAUUUAAAGAAGAUCCUUCCUUGGAGCUCUACCUUCUCAUUCAUAACCUGGAUAGCCAGAUGCUGAGGGGAGACAAAAGCCAACAAAUACUGGCCCAGCUGGCGUCCCUUCCCAAUGUCUACCUCAUCGCUUCCAUUGAUCACAUCAACGCUCCACUCAUGUGGGAUCAGGCAAAACAAAGCCUAUACAACUGGUUAUGGUAUGAAACGACCACCUUUAGCCCUUAUGUCGAAGAAACCUCCUAUGAGAACUCAAUGUUGAUAAAGCAGUCUGGGUCUUUGGCUCUCAGUUCUCUCACGCAUGUCCUGUGUAGUCUCACUCCCAAUGCAAGAGGUAUUUUCAGGCUUCUGGUGCAGUACCAACUGGAGCACAAAGAUAACCCUUCAUACUCAGGGCUUCCCUUCCAAGAUUUCUACCAACAGUGUCGAGAGGCCUUCUUGGUCAACAGUGAUCUAACUCUCAGGGCUCAACUUACAGAAUUCAGAGAUCAUAAGCUCAUUCGGACCAAAAGGGGUGCUGAUGGAGUAGAAUGUUUAUUAAUUCCUGUGGAUACUGGGACCUUGGAGGACUUUUUGCAAAAAGAUAGUGAAAUAUGAAGUCUGUUCCAUCCUACUAGAGUUGCCCUCAAAGACUGCCAGAGCACUUCCUGCUGCUUCGUCAUUCUCAAAUCUCAGGAGUCUGUCUAUAAGAAUGGCGUGAAGUACUGUGUUAGCCAAGCCAAUUUAUACAUCUAUUCAGGUUUCCCAUUGUGGUUGAUGUCUCCUUUCCGUACUUUUAACUCUAGACAAAGAAAAUGCCAGUCGUCAGUAGCAAUGUGCCUUUUAUUUAUAAGCCUACUGGAAAAAAGGUUUGAUGGAAGUAACUUAUUGCUUGAAAACAUGUCUGGUUGUCAGCAGCAGGAGAUGAAAUGAUUUCCAGCAAGGACCCUGAACAUGGAAAAGAGGAAAAUAUGGACACCAGAGAUAAGGAUGUCUUGGAUAGUCAAACUUUUAGCCUUAAUAAAACUUUUAGAAACAGGUAUUUUACAAAAAUGUCUUAAAGUGUCAUCUUAUUGGUGACAUCAAAAGUAAAGAGAUGUUAUAGUUUAAAUAUACAUAGUUUUUUAAUUGUGCAAUAGCUCUUUGUGUGUAGUUCUGGUUCUUUCAGCUAUAAAAGAAUGUUUAGAAAAAUGGGUCCAGGAUAUACAUGUCCUUAUGCCAAUACACGAACUGUACAAAUACAUGUCCUCACUUCAAGAUACUUGUCAACUUACAUUAUGUGUAGGUGGGAAGGGGGUCUUCCUUUCCUUGUUGAUAACUUGCUUGGACUAAAAGUUCCCUGGAAAGAACCUGGUAACAGCUACUACCAGUCAGGGUUCCCCUGAGAACAUCUAGAUUGACCCACUAAAAAGGAUUUCCAGCUAGUGCAGAACUAGACUAAUAAAGAAAUAAGGUGAAUAUGUUGUGCCCAUGCAGUCUAGCACAUAAGGAAGAGAUUAAGAGAAAUAUCCCAGAUAAAUGUACUGUACUGAAACAAAGCCUCAAAAGUCUGUAUGAAAAGAGAAGUUUUUUUAUAAAAGGAAAUAAAGGAAGAGUGUGGUUGUAUUCAAAAAGGGGCAAAACAAAAUCCUGGGGGAAAGCGCACAAAUACACAGCACUCAGAUUUCCAAAUAAAAGCAGCAGGUUUUUUUGAGCUAUACAUUACCACCCCAAGAGCUAGUGCAGAUCUUGCAAGUGUAUAUGUGAAGCUGGGAUUUCUUUGUUCCAAUAUGCAUAAUUUUUGCUCACAUUAAAUCUUAUCUGUCAUUUGAAUGUGAA